GCCCCCUCCCACCCCCGCCCGCCCAGUCUGCUGUCUCACUUCAUCCCGGACCGACAGCGCUGCCGUUGGAUACUGAAAGGGGGGGGUCAUAUGUAUGUAUGUAUGUAUGUAUGUACGGACAUACAUACCGCUUUAGUGUAUUUGUGCUCCUAAAAGUUAUCCGUUACGUAAUCGGACGAGUUAACGGUCCCGGAUGAGACGCGACGUCGGUGCGGCACAAUAGCGGCUUUCUGCCUGGAACAAACCCGCGCUGCGUGGCCUGUAUUUGUGGCUUAUUAGGAACCCCCCCUUUGAAAAAAAAAGCCAAGGGACAUCUUGGAAGCCGAUGUUUGUUGUUUUCCAGUCCGGUGCGAGCGGUUUGAAGUUAGCUAAGGCGGCUAACCAGCACGCGUGCGCAGCGGAAUGAUGGCGAGAGGAAGACUCCACGCUGUGGCUCAUCAUCAUGGUUGGCAUUAAUUGUCCUUUUUGGCACGUUUUGCUAUGAUUGUAGUACAUAGACACAUCCUGGUAGGCCCGGUUGUCAUUUAUUAAAUCACAUCAAGGGCCGCGAUCGAGCGGGUCCUUGUCGUAAAUAUGGAAAACAAAGACUAACGCGAAGACAAGACAGACAGUGAUCAAGCUUUUUUUUUAUUUUAAGUCAGCUAGCAAGCUUGUUAGCGGAUUAGCUUACACGGCCUGUGUUCCAGACAAAUAGCCUCGCCCCCCCACCCCCCCCCUUUUUUUAUUUUGCUAUUUUUUAAUUCCUCGCCACAAUGGGCGCUCACACCGGGGAUGUGGAGCCCAUGCCGGGAUACUUGGACCUCAUCAGCCGAGCCUCCAGCGUCAUGAUGACGGCGUGGAGAGAUUGUAGCCAGUGUGGUCUGGAUCUCUCCAGGCGGACUCUCCUGGAUAACGCGUACAUCACCUGGACCGAGAUAGCCCUCUUCUUCUUUUGCGCCUUUUUGUGGACUCAGAUCAGAAGGGGCUUGACUGAAAGACUGUUCAAGCCUCUAGCACGGUGGUGCAGCCUGCUGCCCAAAGAUGCCGCCAAGAUGCCGGAGAGCGCGUGGAAGCUGGUCUUCUACACCAUGUCGUGGUGCUACAGCACCUACCUGCUCUUCUUCACGUCCUACUCCUUUUUCCAUGACCCGCCCUCUGUCUUCUAUAACUGGAAGAGCGGGAUGUCAGUGCCUAUAGACAUCGCCAUCGCCUACCUGAUCCAGGGCAGCUUCUACGGCCACUCCAUCUACGCCACCGUCUACAUGGACGCCUGGAGGAAGGAUUCUGCUGUCAUGGUGGUCCAUCACAUCAUCACGCUGGCGCUCAUCUGCUUCUCCUACGCCUUCAGGUACCACAACGUGGGCAUCCUGGUGUUGUUCCUCCACGACAUCAACGACAUCCAGCUGGAGUUCACCAAGCUGAACAUCUACCUGAAGUCCCGAGGAGGAGGGUACUACCUGCUGAAUGACGUGGUGUCCAACAUGGGCUCCGUCAGCUUCAGCAUAACUUGGUUCUGGUUCCGUCUGUACUGGUUCCCCCUAAAAGUGCUGUACGCCACCUGCGUGUCCAGCCUGCAAUCCGUCCCCAACAUCCCUUUCUACUUCUUCUUCAAUGCUCUGCUCCUCGCCUUGCUGCUCAUGAACAUCUACUGGUUCUUGUUCAUCGUCUUAUUCGUGGUGAAGGUGCUGAAGAUGAAGGAGGUGAAUGACGUCAGGGAGUACGAGGAGGAGGAGGGCGGCAAGUCAGCAGCGGGCCUGCUCAAAAACCCUCAGGCCGCCACAAACAACGGCAAAAAUGAGGAGGAGGAUGAUGAUGAUGAUGCUGGACAUCACCAGAGGGGCGAUGAGAAGCACGUUCAGAAUGGCAUCACCAAGGAGAAGCAUCUAUGAACGGCUCUCCGUCGCCCCCGCCUGGCAGGAGGCCACCAGUACGGAAGGAGAAAAGGAUCAGGAAGAACACACACACACACACAACCGAGUAUUUUUUGGAAUUAUUAGAGCACUGUGAAUGUUAUCUCUUCUUGUUGCUUAUGUUGCAUUUUAGUACAAGUCAGCAUUGGACUGUGAAGGUGUCACAUGACCUGGAGAUACCCCUAGUGACGUUCCCCCAUCCAUCCCUCAUUCAUUAUUCUCACGGCCUGUGGUGGCCUCCUGCGUCCAUUAGCAACAUUCUUGUGUGUGUGUGUGUGUGUGUGUAUGCAGCCUCUUCUUUUACAACACUUCACCUCAGUUUUCAACGUGUGUGUUUUGUGUGUGUGUGUGUGUGUCUGUUGCACUGACAUGAAGGCCGACAAGCUGCUUUAAUGACAGCAAAAAGCUACAAGUGAUUGAGUUGGGUCUUUUUUUUUAAUCUUCAUUAUUUAAUUUGCAACAAAAAACGCCCAUAAAAAGAUGAAAAUCAAUAAGCGGAUGACUAAAAUAUAAUAUGUAUGCACAUGUAUUCAGGAAUGCAUGACAUUGGAAUGAUUUUUUUUUGUUUUUUUAAAUCAUAGUUUUAUUUUGAAAGGAACGCGCACAUGUUUCCGGUGUUUGCGGCGCUUAAGGACGGAUGCAUGCAAUUUGCACAAAAAGGUGCCCCGCCCUCUCCUACACUCCUCCAAAGUAAGAUUUGGUACCUUCUCGAUCCACUUCGGGCUCUUGUUUUGAAAAGCAGCAUGCUUGAUCGCCGGAACUGGUCCGCAGACGAAUAUUGUCGCUUUGUUUAAGCGUCUUCUUGGACUUCCUGUCCCUCCAUUCCACCUGAGGUUGUUGUUUGAUGAUUUCUUUUUAUCGAAGCUGCUGUUUUUGUUCCUCUUGUGUUAUUUUAUUUGGUUGUUUUCUGCUGUGAUCCGACACAAAGCGGGACCCAGAGUCCCGCGGAGUGGACUCGUUCGUACAAUCUGGACUAUCGAUUGUUGGCGGAAUGCUGGAUCAUGUGACGUCAGGUGAUCGGAAAGCUAACUCCCGAAUGGCUGUGUCUCAAUUUGCGUUGAAACGGAUGCGGUGUUAGCCGCCUGUGAGGGCUUUUAAUUGGGGGAGGACCUCACUGCAAAAUAGUAUUUGUGGUGACAAAAAUAAAUGAAUGUAUGGGAAAUACUGUACUGUACAGCCAAAAACACGUACAGUAACCCCUCGCUAUUUGGCCAUUUUUCAAACCAUAUUAAAUAUCAGUUUGGUGGUCGACUAUAACCUCUUAACAGUAUUGUUACUCGGAAUCAGUAAUGUUGACAUUGCUGAUUUGGGAGUAAAAAUAAGCUUUUCCUCCUUCCUCCUGGAAGUUUUUGUCGUUUUUGGAGAGGCUACCUAGUUAGCUUGCGCCACCCAUCUUUUAUGUCCCUGUAGUGAUCCCGUAGCCUGAUCAAUGUGAUGUAAACAAAAGAAUAAUAAAGUAACUAUUGGCUAACAAUGAAGACAUUCCAUUAUCAACAUUGCGGAAAUUCAUUUAACGCGGUCGGCUCAUGAAUAAAUUGACCGUGAUAAACGAGGGAUUACUGUAUUUGUGGUAGUCAUUACACUAGUAUUGGAUACUAACAUUGGUAUUGGUAUGAUGGAUCUACUGUACCGUGGUAAAAUUGGCUUCCUGAGUAACAAAGUACACAUAGUGCGCAUAAGCAAGUGUACGCCGGUAUUGCAUUUGAGACACAGCCUGCCUGAAGUGUGAAAAUACAUGUUCCAAAAAUCAUGGAAAUGUAACGUGUUUUUUGGGGGAUUGAAAAAUCUUUUCAAUUAGCCAAAUCAUCCGAAUUUGAUUCAUAAUAUUUCAGUAUUUCUCAGAACUCCUCUGUUGUUUGAUGACAACUUUUGAGACAUUUGAAUCGAGCUUUGUGUGAGUGACGGGAAGAAAAGCUACAGGUCACAAAUUGGAUUGGCCAUAUUAUAUAUAUUUCAAAUAAAAACAGAAGAGUUAUGAUGCUAACGUGAUCCAACGACUGAAGAAGCUAAGAAUAUAUCAUUUCGAAAUGGUCAUGACUAGGGAUGUAAUUAUCAGUAUAAUAAUGUGAUAUCGGUCCUGAUCAUGUACCGAUGUUUACAACACAUACAUGUUCUUUCCACCACAGGAGAUGUGGAAUGUUACACAUUAAGAGUUGGACAAUAUCGGCAUAUCGCACAUCUCCAUUUAUGAUUUGACUUUCAGGUGUUGAAAAAGAGGCGUGGUCAAUCAUUCAAAUCAAUGAGAUGUCAGUAUUACUAAUUUUUGAUUGGAUUUUACAUGCAUGUAAAGUAGUAUUCAACGACCUGAGAAAGCCUGCCCAGGAAGUGACCACUUGAAAUAAUUUCUUUGAUUUUGUUGCAAACGUUAGAAAAAGUGUCAUGUGAACGUACAAAAUGUCCUUGGCGGUGGUGUAAGGGAUUGCUGGGGUAGGCUCCAGCUCCAGAUAAGAUAAAUGGUACUGAGAAAGCUGAAAGGACAGAGUUGGGAUUUUUGUCUUUGUUUUGGUCCAAGAUGAAUGCUUUUUGAUUGUGCCAAAAUGUGACGUCGAAGGUGCGGGCAGGACGGCUUGCAUGAACACCACCGGGCUUUAAAAAAAAAAGCCCCGCAAAGGAUUCCUUUUGUCCAAAAAGAAUUGCACUGUAAUUUAUUAGCAUUUGUAAUGUACAUUAGCUAGAUGAACGCUAGAGAAGGAAAAGGGUGAAUGGGGUAUUUUUAGACCUUUUUUUGGAUCAAACAUUGUAUUUUAAUCCCUGUAAUUGCCCACAAUUCAACCACUGGCUCUUUUAUAGACCAUUUUUGCUUUUGGUUAUACCCUGAAAUAAAAAGGUGUUCCAAGUAUAUAAAAAACAAAAAACUUGUGUGCUUUAUUUUGAAUCACAGUUGUUUUUAUUUUUGCAAAAUUGAAGAGGAAUCGGUUGCACCACUGAGCAAUAAAUUAAUCAUGAAAAGUGUUGGUAAAAAGAGGGAGGGUGUUUUUGUACACAAGUCAUGCAGUAACACAUAAAAAAAAACAUCUCUCCACAUAUUUGUGUCAGGAAAAUGCACUUUUUAUGGAUUUUUUUUUCUUCCCAUUAUCCACAAUCCUUAGAGACAUGAAAAUAAUUAUGCACCAAAUUAGACACACCCAAAUCAAACACGCCCACAAGGUUUUCCAAGUAGCAACAGGUACAUUCAUUAGCAUGGACUAAACUAGCAUCAAAUACAAGACAGCAGCUCCAAUGUAGCGUUACCUUUCGCUAGCUAGGUAGUUCU